UUUUAAACACAUUAUCUUACAAGAAAGUUAAUUUUAACAUUAUCUUACAAAAAGGCUAAUUUACAGGAAAAAAAAGACUGACACGAUGAUUGAAUUUUCAGCGUUUCAAAUAUUCGUUAUUUUUAUGAUAAUUCUUUAUAUCAUAAGACGUCCUCGUAUAGGCAAAAACGAACCUCCGCUUGUACCUUAUUCAAUUCCAAUUCUUGGGCAUACAUAUAAUUAUUUAUUUAACACAAAAAAAUUCUUUAAAGAAUGUAAAGAACAGUAUGGUGAAUGUUUUUCAAUUUAUGUAUUCGGACAAGUUAUGACAAUUCUUUCAAGAGAUUCAUUGAUUGAAGUGUUUAGAAAUCCUGAUGACUUUGAUUUAAUAUCAGCAGCAAAUGAGGUUCUUCCUUUACAACAUCUUCUUGUUUAUAAUGGCGGUACAAACAGAGAAAGUGUCAAAUUUCAUGCUAAAACUGCAAGAGAACAAGUUUCUGGUAAACUCGAUUUAAAUAUUGGCGUCGUACAAAAAUAUCUCUUAAAAGGAAUGGAAAAAUGGAUCGGAGAUUGUAAUGAUCCCAAGACAAUUUAUAACGCUUGGAAUAUGGUUAAUGGCAUCAUCUCUUUACCAAUUGCAAACAUACUUGUUGGAGAAGAAGCGGCAUCUCAUGAGGAUUUAGUGAAGUCAUUUGAAAACUUGGCUUUUGAUCUGGGUCCAUUAUUAAUAAUUCCACCAAUUUUAUCUUUCAUUCACCCGAAACUACACGAAUUCGUAAUUACUUUACCUAUGAAAUUUGGAUGGAAUCCAGUAUCACGUCAUCGAGAAGUGGUAAUGAAUCGUGUAAAACCAGUAAUUGAAAAACGUUUAAAAGAAAAAAAUGUGCUUGGUGAUAAUUAUAAACCUUAUAAUGAUAUAUUGGAAUAUUAUAUGAAUCAACCGGACUUUGAUCAUACAAAACCCAAUAAUCUUCCUUAUCAUGUUGACAACUUAUUUGUUAUGACUUUUGUCUCAAUUAACACAACAAGUAGAGCAGCAGUUGACGCAUUAUAUGAUUUGGCAGGAAGACCAGAAGUAUUAAAUGAAUUAUAUGAAGAAGCAUUGACAAUUGAUAAAGAAUGUAAUGGAUUAGUAACUUUGACCGAUGUUCAAAAAAUGGUAAAACUAGAUAGUUUCGUUAAGGAAUCAUUAAGACACGCUGGUAACAUAAUUAAUUUAGCUCACUACAUGAUAUCAAAAAGUUUUACUUUUUCUAAUGGUUUUACAAUUCCAAAAGGGCGCAAGACAAUUUUGUAUUUUGAUGAUGCGUUAAAAUCAAAAGAAUAUUAUGGUAAUGAUGCUGAAGAAUUUAAACCAUUUCAAUUUGUAAAUGCAAAUUCUCCUGCGACAAAAGUUGAUCGUUCUUAUAUUAUUUUCGGUGGUGGCAAACACGCGUGUCCUGGUCGAUUUUUUGCAGUUAAUGAAACAAAAUUGUUUUUACAUAAGUUUAUUUUGAAGUACAAAGUUUCAACAAAAAGUGGAAAAAUUGAAGAAAAAUUAUUAAUUGGACCAUAUACAAUACCUUCUCGAAGUGGCUUAGUUUUUGAAAAUAAAGUAAAAAAUAAAUAAAAUAGUAGUGUUGCUAUAGGAUAUAGAUAGAGUGUCGGUUUGAAAUAUAAAAUUAUUUAAAUAGAAAAGAAAAAAUAUAAGAACAAAAUAAAUUAAGCAACCAAUAAAAAGUGACACGAUGCUGGCGUCUGUAUUUUCUGUAAAUUAUUAACAAUGGAAGUAUCUUUUAUGUUAAAUAAUUAAUAUACUAGAAUUUUGUGUCGAUUAUUUUAUCUGAGUUAAAUUGAGAGAAAAAACAAUUACAGUCCCCGACGAAAUAAUGUUGGUCUUAAGUCUUAACCCACCAUUAUUCUGAUUGAGUCAUAUUUAACUGCAACAAUGGAACACUAAUAAUAAAUUAAAAAAAGUAAUUUUAAUUACUGUCGUUAUCUUUAUUCUACUUCUAAAUGGCAUCUAUCACUAUUAGAUACACUAAUUAUG